GGGUCUUUCCAUCUCCGCUGGUUCAUUGGAAUGACGUUUCUUAUGUUUUAAAUCAGCUGAUUCUCUUCACAAGUCGGGUCAAAAAAUAACUGCCGAAUCUGUCAACGUAUUUUGACAGUUCGAAAAAGAAUCAUUGGACACUGUCAUGAUUUAUCGGGGGCUGUAUUUGCUUCCAAACAACUUCACCUCUGCUCUGUAGUCCUACCGUCAUGGACAAGAUUCUGGAGGCCCUGGUGGGCUCCUCCCACUCGGUGCCGGUGAAGAAGGCCAUCGUGAAGAAGGUGGUGGAGGCGGCAGAGAAGGAGGCCACAGAGGAGCAGUGCCAAGCGCUGUACAGCCUCACCGCUCGUCUCAUCCUCCUGGGAGAGGACACCUUCCAGAAGCAGGUGGGCUUCCAGGUCCUGGAGGCCUACGGCCGCUACCACCGGCCUGCAUUCGAGCGCUUCUUCACCCGAGACUUUAUCCUGGGGCUCCUUCAGCAGGGCUACGGGCCCCUGGACCGCAAGGACCCAGCCCUGGUGGACUACAUUCACUGCUGCCUGCGGCUGCUCAUCAGCUGCCCGUCAGUGCUGGAGAUCUUCCGCCUGCUGCAGACGGAGGUGCUCAGGAUGGUGUGUGAGAGGCCCAACCCCGCCCUCUGCGCCCGGCUGGCUAUGCUGCUGUCAGACUUCGGCCAGUGUGUCCCCAGGGACAAGGCGGCCAUCUUGUUCUGCCAGCAGCUGGUGAGGACCAUCGGCUACUUCCACUGCCCGGCCAAUCAGGAGCGGGAGCUGAGAGAGUACGUGGGUCAGGUGACCAAGGUGGGGACGCUGCUGCAGAACAUCUGGAAGGCGGAGCCUACAAUGCUGCUGCCCUCUCUGCAGGAAGUGUUCUCCAUCAUCUCCACCACAGACCCGUCCUUCGAGCCGUCCAUUGCCCUGGCCAGCCUGGUGCAGCACAUCCCUCUGCAGAUGAUCACCGUGCUCAUCAAGAGCCUCUCCACUGACCAGAACGUCAGGGACGCCAGCAUGACCAAGGCCCUCUGCAGGAUGAUAGACUGGUUGUCGUGGCCGCUGGCACACCAUGUGGACACCUGGGUGAUCGCCCUGCUGAAGGGGCUGGCCUCCGUGCAGAAGUUCACCAUCCUCAUAGACGUCACCCUGCUGAAGAUAGAGCUGGUGCUGAACCGGCUGUGGUACCCCAUCGUGAGGCAGGGGGCGCUAGAGGUCCUCGCUCACAUGCUGCUCAGCUUCCAGCAUUCUCCUGAGGCCUUCCACCUGGUUCUUCCUCACGUGCUGCCUCUGGUCCAGUCUCUGAGGAGUGACGGGCUGCCCAGCAGCAGUGCCUUCCUGCUGCAGUUCACUGAGCUGGUCCACUGCAUGAUGUACCAGUACUCUGGCUUCCCAGACCUCUACGACUGCAUCCUGGAUGCCAUCAAGGACCUGCCCAGGCCCAGUGAGGAGCAGAUGAAGCUGGUUCUUGACCAGGCAGCCUGGACGUCUCAGCCCAGCUCGUCUGGAGUGGUGCAGCUGGCAGGGCGCUCUGAGACUGGACGCGCCGGCCUGGUCAACUUGGGCAACACCUGCUACAUGAACAGCAUCAUCCAGACCCUGUUCAUGGCCACAGAUUUCAGGAGGCAGGUUCUGUCGCUACGCCUGAACGACGCCCACACACUGAUGAAAAAAUUACAGCUGCUCUUCGCUUUCCUGGCCCACACUCAGAGGGCAGCGUUCUCUCCCAGGAGCUCUGAGGUGUCCCGCCCCCCCUGGUUCAACUCUGGCUCCCAGCAGGACUGUUCUGAGUACCUCCGUUUCCUCCUGGACAGGUUACACGAGGAGGAGAAAAACCCUCCAGGCCCUCCUGCCGGCCAGCCAAAUGUCGUCUCCCCGACUGUGACCCUGGGUGAGGAAGAGGGGGGCGGGGCCACACUAAUCGAGCGGAUGUUUGGCGGUCGUGUGAGCACGGAGGUGCGCUGUCUGACCUGCCACAGUGUGUCAGAGAACCAGGAGCCCUUCACCGACCUGUCCCUGGCCUUCAGGCCCUCCGACGAGCCCCGCCGCCCAGCCCAGGGGUCCGUUAACGGGGGUGGCGAGGAGAGAGCCGCCUCGCCCGCCUUCCCCGCCGGCCAUGUUGGGGCUGCAGCCGGCGAGCAGCCGUCUCUGUCUGUGCCCGACCUUGUGAACUACUUCCUGGCCCCGGAGAUCCUGGACGAGGACAACGCCUACUUUUGCGAGCGCUGCGGCGCACUGCGGCGUGCAGAGCGGGGGAUGAGGGUGGUUGCGGCGCCUGAGUACCUCAUCCUCACACUGCUCCGCUUUUCUUACGAUUCCUCCUGCCACAUCCGACGCAAGAUCCUGGACAACGUCACCAUCCCUCCUCUCAUGAGGCUGCCUGUCCAUGCCCCCGCAUCCCGACAUGCCUCCUCCUCCCCUCUGCAGGUGGACUCUCCAGAGAGCAGCGAGAACCUGGCAAAGAAGCUGAAGCCGUCGCGGAGAGAGGAGCAGGAGGAAGGGAGGAGAGAGGUAGAGGAGAGGGUAGAGGAGAGGGUAGAGGAGAGGAUAGAGGAGAGGAUAGAGGAGGGGAGAGAGGGAGAAGGAGAGGGAGAAGGAGAGGGACAUGAGGGAGGGGGGGUCCAGUCCAUACCGUAUGUCCUCAGCUCGGUGGUGAUGCAUUCUGGGAUGUCGUCGGAGAGCGGUCACUACUACUCCUACGGAUGCAACCUCACGGGGGCGGAGCCGCAGGUGGCCAAUCACUGCUCCCUGGGGGCGGAGCCGCAGGUGGCCAAUCACUGCUCCCUGGGGGCGGAGCCGCAGGUGGCCAAUCACUGCUCCCUGGGGGCGGAGCCGCAGGUGGCCAAUCACUGCUCCCUGGGGGCGGAGCCGCAGGUGGCCAAUCACUGCUCCCUGGGGGCGGAGCAUGCUGAUGGGGAAGCAGAGCUGAGCUUAGCCCCACCCAGACAGGAAGUGGGAGUGUUAGGGGCUGGCCACGAGGCCAAGGAUUGGCUGCUGUUCAAUGACAGCAGAGUGACAUUUACGUCGUUCUGUUCGGUGCAGAAUGUGACGAGUCGCUUCCCCAAGGACACGGCGUACGUGCUGGUGUACCGCCGGCAGCAUGCCCCGGCCUCGCACAGUAACGGGGGAGGGGCCAACGGCUUGAGGCUGGGGGCGGAGCCACCACUGCAGAAGGAGCUGAUGGACGCCAUCACCAAGGACAACAAGUUGUACCUGCAGGAGCAGGAGCUGAGUGCUCGGACCCGGGCCCUCCAGGCGUCCUCGGCAUCCUGCUCGUCCCGCCCCCACGGCCCCGAUGACAACGACCCCCCCGGCAGCUGUGGACCCUCGGGGGGAGGAGGGGGAGGGGGAGGAGGAGGGGGCUUCAACACUGUCAGUAGACUGGUGUUCUGAGGGAGGGAAGACAG